CCCCGGCCCCGCCCGGCGCGAUCGCGGGGAAGAUGGCGGCGCUGCUCCCGCUGGGGCCGCAGUUUUCUACUGGGAAUCCAUUGUAUGAAACAUAUUACAAACAGGUGGAUCCAACAUACACGGGGAGAGUUGGGGCAAGUGAAGCUGCGCUGUUCCUUAAGAAAUCUGGUCUCUCUGAUAUUAUCCUUGGAAAAAUAUGGGAUUUGGCUGACCCAGAGGGUAAAGGAUACUUGGAUAAACAGGGUUUCUAUCUUGCAUUGCGCCUUGUGGCGUGUGCACAGAACGGCCACGAUGUGCACCUGAGCAGCCUGAACUUGACUGUGCCACCUCCUAAAUUUCAUGACACCAGCAGUCCCUUGCUGAUGACACCACCUUCGACAGAGACUCACUGGGCUGUUAGGGUGGAAGAAAAAGCAAAGUUUGAUGGUAUUUUUGAAAGCCUUUUGCCAGUAAAUGGUUUACUUUCAGGAGACAAAGUAAAACCAGUUCUGAUGAAUUCAAAGCUACCUCUUGAUAUCCUAGGAAGGGUCUGGGAUCUCAGUGAUAUCGAUAAAGAUGGUCACCUGGACAAGGAUGAGUUUGCUGUGGCAAUGCAUUUGGUUUAUAGAGCUCUUGAGAAAGAGCCGGUUCCUUCACUGUUACCCCCUUCUCUCAUACCGCCUUCUAAAAGAAAGAAGACGCCCGUCUUUCCCGGUGCCGUUCCUGUUCUCCCUGCGAGCCCUCCGCCAAAAGACAGCCUCCGCUCUACCCCAUCUCAUGGGAGUGUCAACAGCCUGAACAGCACAGGGAGUUUGUCUCCUAAGCACAGCAUCAAACAAGCUCAGCCGUCUGUGAACUGGGUAGUGCCAGUGUCGGAAAAAGCGCGAUACGAUGAAAUUUUCUUAAAAACAGACACAGACAUGGAUGGGUUUGUGAGUGGCCAAGAAGUAAAGGACAUUUUUAUGCAUUCAGGUCUGUCUCAGAAUCUCCUAGCGCAUAUAUGGGCUCUGGCGGACACGAGGCAGAUGGGAAAGCUCAGUAAGGAUCAGUUUGCACUGGCCAUGUACCUCAUUCAGCAGAAGGUCAGUAAAGGGAUUGAUCCACCACAAGUGCUGUCCCCAGAUAUGAUCCCUCCCACGGAGAGGAACACUCCCAUACAGACUCUGUCGGGGUACUUGACCCCUGUAGGAACUGAGAUGUCAGCACUAACAGAAAUGCGCCGUGAUAGCUCAAGUUCCGUUGGGUCAGGAGAAUUUACAGGGGUGAAGGAACUGGAUGAUAUCAGUCAAGAAAUCGCACAGCUGCAGAGAGAGAAAUAUUCUCUAGAGCAAGACAUUAGAGAAAAGGAGGAAUCAAUCAGACAGAAAACCAAUGAAGUUCAGGAAUUGCAAAAUGAUUUAGAUCGGGAGACCAGUAACCUGCAAGAGCUAGAGGCUCAGAAACAAGACGCCCAGGACCGCCUGGAUGAGAUGGACCAGCAGAAAGCCAAGCUGAAGGAUAUGCUGAAUGAUGUAAGGCAGAAGUGCCAGGAAGAAACACAGGUGAUUUCAUCUCUAAAAAUACAGAUUCAAUCUCAGGAAUCAGAUCUAAAAUCACAGGAAGAUGACCUUAAUAGAGCAAAAGCAGAGCUGAAUCGUCUCCAGCAAGAAGAGACCCAGCUAGAGCAGAGCAUCCAGGCUGGAAAAGUGCAGCUUGAAACAAUAAUCAAAUCUCUAAAAUCAACACAGGAAGAAAUAAACCAGGCAAGAAGUAAACUUUCUCAGCUUCAAGAGAGCCACCAAGAAGUCAGUAAGAGCAUAGAGGAAUAUAAUGAAGCGCUCAAUGGGGUUCACGGUGGCAGUCUGACGAAUUUAGCAGACAUAAGUGAAGGCCUUGGGCAGCCGGAAAGGAGCAAUUAUGGAGCUAUGGAUGAUCCAUUUAAGAAUAAAGCCUUGGUGUUUACCAGUAAUACACAGGAAUUGCAUUCAGACCCAUUCCAUUCAGAAGAUCCUUUUAAAUCUGAUCCGUUUAAGGGAGCCGACCCUUUCAAAGGCAGUGACCCAUUCCAGCAUGAUCCUUUUGCAGAGCAGCCGCCGGCUCCAGCAGAUCCAUUUGGAGGUGAUCCCUUUAAGGAAAGUGACCCCUUUCGAAGUUCUGCCCCUGAGGAUUUCUUCAAGAAACAGGUGAAGAGCGACCCAUUUACCUCAGAUCCGUUCACAAAACCGCCCACUUUACCCUCAAAGCCUGACCCUUUUGAAAGCAGUGAUCCUUUCACGCCUUCCAGUAUCUCUUCAAAAGGUCCAGAUCCGUUCGGAACGCUGGAUCCAUUUGGAAGUGGUGCUUUCAGUAGUGGUGAGGGGUUUGCAGACUUCAGUCAGAUGUCAAAGUCAGUAGCUUCAGACCCCUUUGCCUCUUCUUUUGGAGGGGUGGGAUUCUCAGAUGACCCUUUCAAAAGCAAAUCAGACACACCAGCGUUACCACCGAAGAAAAAUAUCCCUCCACGACCCAAGCCACCCAGUGGUAAAAGCACUCCCGUAAGCCACCUUGGGUCUGCAGACUUUCCCAAGCCCCAUGAUCCAUUCCAGCCAUUUGGGGCUGACAGCAGUGACCCCUUUCAAAGUAAAAAGGGGUUUGGGGACCCAUUUAGUGGAAAAGAUCCAUUUGCUCCCUCCUCUUCAAGUAAAACUUCUAAAGACUCUUCCUUGGGGUUUGCAGACUUCAGCUCUUUUGGAAAUGAAGAGCAGCAGCUGGCAUGGGCAAAGCGCGAGAGUGAAAAAGCAGAGCAAGAAAGACUAGCUCGGUUGCGGAGACAAGAACAAGAAGACCUCGAGUUGGCUAUUGCACUCAGUAAGGCUGAUAUGCCAAAUUCUUAAGAAGAGGUUCUCUGGCUCCAUCCACCCUGUCCACAUGAAUCCUUCAAACAUGGCUUUUAUAAAAAUACUAAAUUCUCGGUUUAUGUUAUGAAAAUCAUUUUAGUCACCUUCAACUCUAAACGAGACUGGCUGGUUGCGUCAAACUGGGCUCCGUGUGGCUUCUUAAGUGCAUAACAUGCAGGAAUCACCGUAUAAGCUAUAUUAUAUGUUCUGGAUCGAAUUUGCUGCUUGUAAGAAAUUUAACGUAUGAUCCUAAGAUACUGAAAGCAAAGUUGCUUUACCUGGAAGACAAUGUUGCAUAUAGUAAACUGCAACUUGUAAAUCUGGCUUUUAUUACCUGAAUUCCAUUGAGUUUUGGAGGCUGCAGUAUGAAUUUCAAAGACAAUGUCAUAAAAAGAUAAUAUUAAUAGAAUUAGCUUUCACUUGUUCCAUUUAUUUAAUCCUUCAUGGAAGGCUAAUCAAUAUGUCAUCUGCAUCAUCGACAUCAAUGUCUCCAGCAUUAGAUGGUCCCUUUUUAUGCAGGAGAUGUGGCUUUUACAAAGAAUCUGGCAAUUUAGAUACGAUGAAUAGAAACUUAGUGAACUGUAUAAAAUACUCGAAGCCUCUCUGAAUGAGUAGUUCUGAUUUAAACAUUUGUUUGCAUUCAGUUCUAGUAACUGUAUGUGAUGUUGCACAAGAGGGAGUUAAUUAAGUUGUAGUAAAUUGGACAAAUAAUUUGGCAGUGAAAUCAUUAGAUAAAAUCUUGCUAAGCAGAUAUGAUUGCAGGAUUGUGAUACAAGUUUGAGGGCUGUUUUCACAUAAAACCAAGCAAUGGGAAGCCUGCAAAGCCUGAGCAGUGUUCAUCCCUACAAAUCGAUUUACCCUCUCUUGUUCCAGAACACAGACUCUGUUUGUCUUGCCCAUUGCCUGUGAGAGACUCUUUACCUCUCUUGAAUUCCACCGAUCUUACAUUGUGGGGUUACAGAUUGAACAUAAUUUAGCUGAAAUAAGGCCAAGUUGAAGCAGAUUCGAUUUGCCAAAUACAUUAGUCCUGGUAGACUGGAUUGGAACACGGCUCGCAGCAGUUGGUCCGAGUAGGGGCAGAUUUGAUAUAUUUAUACCUGUAGAGCUCAUACUUCCACCUGGUGAGGGUGACGCCGAAUGGGUUUUACAUGGCAGAUGUAAAAUAGAAGUCCUUAUGAUAAGUCUGUGAAUUAUUUACUUACUAAAAAUGCCUUUUCUGCUUACAGGAAUUCUAAAACUUCAGUUGUCUUUGCCUUGGACCUUUAUCUCUAAACAGAGUAGGCAUCUAGCACCAAACUUAUCAAAUGUCCUUCCUAAGUAUCUGCUCUCCUUGGUUCUGCAAAGCUAACGUGCUGCGUUUUCACUGAUGUGGCCCUUAUCUGAUAACAGUUUCUCUGGGGUUUUUUUCUGAAAAUGUGGUAUUCCUUCAUCACCUUCAGUGCACUGAAGUUUUCUAUGUCCCUGCUUCUUUGCUAUUGUUUUUCAGAAUGCGAUGAUAGUGCCUGUUCACUGAACACAACCGAUCUUCCCCAUUCUCUUGUCAUUGCCUUACUCUGGAUGCUUUCCUUCCGCAGAGCUAGGAGUCAGGUUGGAUCAUUGUAGUCCGUCGUUCAGCUCUGAAACGCAGCCAAGGUGUGGCGUUUGUUGUCUCAGGCUUUUGUGAGCGGGUGUAUGGGUGAGUGUGUGUCUGUGUGCACACAAAUACGCGCACAUCCACCUGCUGACGUGUGCAGCAAACCUGGAACCCCAUCUCUCACAAUGCAGCUUUAGGAGUCCCAGCUCCACGUUUGCUCUGUGUCUCUUGUGCUAAUGGUACUACAAAUAACAGGAACCUUCGGUUCCGCUCAGAAGGGGAGAAGAUUCAUUCUGGUAUCAGAACCAACCGUACAGUGUCCAUUAGUAUUGUCUUUAAUGACUCCUGGUGAAUGCAGCAGGAGAUAUUUCUCAUUUUACAGAAGGUGAUUUGAAAACCCUUCCUAUUGUAGGAGUUUUUCUCUAAUAUACAUUAGAUUUAUGAUCAAACAUCCUAAAAUGUCCACAAGUUCUCUUUUCUGUUGGUGUGCAGGAUUUGAGGUCUCUGACAGCAAACUUGCGUCUGUCUGUGGCUCAUGGGAGAUAAAACUCUCGCUAUGAAAGAGCAAUUUUCCCAGCUGAAUGGCUGCAGGAUUGUCAGUGAACUUAAAUUGUGUCCGUGCGUGAGAUUCUCCUUUUCAUUUUCAUUCGGGCCUGAGUCUUUGUGGUGUCUCUUUUACUGCAACAAAAGCCCAUUCACACUUAGUGUCAUUUUAGAAAGGAAAUCCACUGUUGAGCUGCUGCUUGGGUGAUGUCACUCCAGCGGGAUGGGGCGGAUGAGCUGAAUAGCUUGAGUCAUUUUCUGAGUUAUGUACCAUAACCAGACUUUCUGCUGCUUUGUCAGUGCUCUGAGAUAUUGCAGUUUAUAAUGCUUCCAAGGCAAUGAGUCGCUGUUGUCAAGACGUUCAGCAGGAAGCCAGAAAUGUGAAUUUAUCUAGCAUUCCAUAUAACAUUAGAUCUAAUUGCUUAUUUUCCUGUUUCCUUAUUGACUCAGUCUCUGUCUUUGCUUGGGUAGUAACAGAGGAUCAAGCAAAUGAACAAGGACAGAACCUGUUCUCUUUGCACAGUGCAUUUGAUUUAGUAACCGUAGAUUUACUGAAACGCUCAAGUCAAACUUUUAGACACUGUGGUAGAAGAAACCUUCGUUUUGAUUUCUCCCUUGGUAUUUAAUACAGUUUUCCAUAUAAAGUUCUUCCCUUUCGCUUGCAACUCAGUGAUUUGUACAGUACCUGCACUUGUUCUUUGAGAAAAGUUUUGUCAUAGAUCAUCUUCUUCCUCCAGAACAGUGAAAUUUAAAGCACAAAUAGGCCUGUUGCUAUUUGGGCAGAGAAAAUCUGUACAAUGCAAGCUAUAUAAAAUGUGAGUAUACACAAUGCAUAUACAGUGUACAUUGAGAUCCAUAUUAUUUGUGUCUGUGUGUAUAUAUAUAUAUAUAUAGUGUACUGUAUAAUGUAAUAAUAGUGUGUGUAUAUACUAUAUAUGUCCACAUACAACGUCUAGGAUAGAGUUACUCGUACUGUACAUAGGAUGUGUAUAUACAAUGAACAUGUAGAAUAUGCACAUAUAUUCUAUAUAUGAAAGCUCAUGUGUAUGUAUGAAUUCUCUAAACAGAGAUGGAUGCAGGAAUGGAAUUCUUACAGAAAUGGAAUUCUUACAGAAAUGACGAUUACAUCAUGGCUCGUAGAAUUUCAAAGUUCUGGCGAAAGAAAAAAAAAAAAAAAGAGGAGAAAUUACUUCUUCUAAUACAUUUAUUUCAAGAUUACUGUCAUUGGCAUGCAAACCUGUGUUCAGGAGCUGUGCCAAGGGUAAGAGCGGAACCUGGCAGAAAGUAGCUGUCAUCUGCGCUGGACGCAAUUUCACCUUCUUGUGAGUGUUUACAGUGUCUUGUUGAAACGUGGGCUCGGUUUCUGAUCUAUCUGCGUGUGAAGGUCAUCUUGUCUUUUUUUUUCUAGGCUGAGGCAGUGAUUUUUUCUCCUACAUUUGCUUCUAGUUGCACUUCUUUCUUCUUUUUUUUCCCCUUUUUAAAAAAAACUAUUGUUCAGGAGCUGUUCCCGUACUCUCACACACACACACACACACGUCAAACAGUCGUAGGCUAAGGUGGAAAACAUGUUUCUCUUGCUUCAUUCCAGUUAUAUAGGUUGCACGUAAUUGUCAUCUGGAUUUCAGCUCUGUGUUUCCUCCAUUCCCACCUCAGCCCUUACAUCAGGAGGAAUGCCUAUCCGUUGCAUUCUUGGCUUGGAGGAAGGAAUGGAGGUGAUUCUGCUUUCUACUCGGAUGCAUUAUCAGGCGCCGGGGUACGUUGAGCAAUCACAGAGUUUGUAGGUUUUUACAGCGACACACGUGUACUUUAUACAGCUCUCGUCAGUGCUGGAAUGACUCACGGAAAGCCAUGAAUUGCACACAGCGCCGAGGCAUAGCAGUUAAAACAGGAAAGACGGGCGAUUAUUCACGUUGAACCUACGCAGGCAAACUUUGCAUAUAGGACACAGGUAUUGAAUUACCCACAUUAUCCUUUACAGACCAGUGUUUGCGCUUGCCUCGAGUGGUUUCCCUAAGUUACGUUCACCUAGUCCUGUUGUAAAACAUACCAGUCAGCCUGCAAUAAAAACAGAUGCUGAUAAAAGCAGCGCUUCGACAAUAGCGCUGGAUGAAAUAUUUUUCUACUGGCAAAUUUUCCCUUAUGGAAUCUCUGCCCUGUGCGGAUCAGCAGUCCCGGCUGUAUUUCGUUUCAUGUAAAGUGUUCUCGAGGUGUAGGAAAUUCCAGGCGGUGUCUGACUGCAUAAGCUUCUUUUUUUUUUAAUUCCUGUCUGUGAAAUCUGUUGUCAGAAAUUAUGUAGACAUUAUUUUGUCAUCUUAUGCUCAAAGGUAAUGCACUUUUCUUGGAUUCUUCUUAUAAUCCUUUUGGGGUUACUAUUUCUUCUUUAGUGUUUCUCCAUGGAGAAGAGUAUUUAUUCUGUAGAACCGAGGAAUUUUGGUCCAAGUAGAGUUGUUGCUUUCCCUCAUGUAGGAGUUUGGUUUCUCCCUUUUUUUCUGCAUUUUAUUCCUCCCUCUCAGGAAUUUCAUUUCUGUUUAAUUCUCAUUUAGAGUUGGAACUCUGUUAAGUGACUUGAUCUGUGCUAAUAACACUCUGGUUCAAUAUCUUCCUACACUGGUGAAACAGUGAAGUUUUUGGUGUGUGCCAACCAUUGCCUCUCCCUCUGGACUUCCCUUAGAAAGGAAUUUGCUUGGAGUAUGGUGGAAUCAUAGAAGAUUUAUUUUUAGAGCAAAUAUGUUCACUGUUCAUCGACACCCCUGUUUUAUUGGUUGAUAUACCGCUCUUUUUACUUGAAAGUUUUAUAAAUAAAAGCUAAUUUGUUAUAAAAUGGAAUUUUCAUUUUUCCGAUUUCUGCCUUCCCCUUUCAGUUUAACUUUCAAAGGAAAAUUCCCGUUGGCUGUGGUUCCUUCUGCUGUUACAAUGACAGAGUGCUCUGCUGGUGUCCCUUUUCAUACGACGUUCUGUAGUCUGACCUAAAAAAGGUGGAAACACAAAGUGGAAACUGCAAUGUUGCCCUAAAUUUGACUAAUCUCUCCAAAUAUGUACAUGAUUGUAGUUAUAUUUAUCUUUCCAAUAUCAUAACAAAUUGAAAGUUAUUUUAAUUUUAACCCAUCUCAUGUGUUUAUUGUUUAAUAUAAUAAGAGAAAUGUCAUUGUUUAAUAUAAUAAAUGAGAAGUUACUUUUUGG